UCACCUCUUCACUAGUUGGCCCAGAGUAACACUACAUGCGGACUUUUACCUGCUGCUGUGCUUCUAUUAAAGAAGGAAAACAUGAUAUCACUGUGGAGUUUGUGAACGGACCAAAGUCCUGUUCUUUUAAAACUAGGUACAAGUUCCACAGACAGCAGUGUGUCAGUCAAACCGAGGUAGAGUUUAUUCUUUAACUGCAGUUUGGACGCAAUGGCUCGGUACACGCGCGUGAAUUGAUCAAUCGCUUUGAUCACUCUGACUAACCCACCUGUGAACGCGCUCAGUGCUGCAGUAAGGAGGGGAAUAGUGGAGUCGGUGAGCCGGGCGCUCAAGGACGAGCAGGUGAAGGCUGUGGUGUUCUGUGGAGAGAAUGAGAAGUUUUGUGGAGGAGCAGACAUUAAGGAGUUUUCGGCCUCCGUGUCCGGUCCUCCUCUGGUUCCAAUGAUCCACUCUAUGGAGGCUGGAGAGAAGCCGAUGGUGGCAGCCAUAGAGGGCGUGGCUCUGGGGGGAGGACUGGAGCUAGCGCUCGGCUGUCAUUAUCGUGUCGCUAACACUAAAGCCCGUUUGGGUCUCCCUGAAGUGACCCUCGGUUUACUUCCUGCUGCUGGAGGAACUCAGCGUCUUCCUCGACUCAUUGGCAUCCCUGCAGCCCUGGAGCUAAUCACCACAGGUCGCCACGUUUCGGCUCAGGAAGCUCUGCAACUCGGCAUGGUGGAUCAGGUAACUGAGGGGAAUGCUGUGCAGGCUGCCAUGGAGCUCGCUCUCAGUGUAAUAGGUCACCCAUUAAACCCUUGCAGGUUGAGUCUGCGAGCCCCUGUGUGGGCGCCAGAUGUGGACGGUGUAUGUGAUGCGGCUUUAGCCCAGGUGAAGCAGCGUUCUCGUGGAGUGAUGGCUCCGGUGGCGUGCGUUCAGGCCGUCAGAGCAGCGGCCAUGUUGCCUUAUGGUAAAGGAAUGGAGAGAGAGAGGCAGCUGAUGGACACGCUCUUUAGGUCUGGCCAGGCUCAAGCCAUGCAGUAUGCCUUCUUUGCUCAGAGGAAUGCUGGGAAAUGGAUUCUUCCUAACAGGGCGCAGUGGAACAACACCAAGGCCAGGGAAGUCCAACGAGCCGGAGUCAUAGGUCUGGGCACCAUGGGUCAGGGCAUCGCUGUAUCCCUCGUUAAAGCAGGAAUCUCUGUAGUUGCCAUAGAGACGGAUACAAAGCAGUUGGAGUGGGGUAAGAAGGCGGUGACGGCCAUGCUGCAGAGAGAUGCUCAAAGACGAGGAGUCAGUCCUCCGUUACACCUCCUGACGUUCACUCUCUCCUUCCACCAGCUGAGGGAUGUGGACCUGGUCAUCGAGGCUGUGUUUGAGGACAUGAACCUUAAAAAGCGUGUUUUUAGCGAUUUGUGCAAAGUGCUGAGGGUGAACGCGCUAAUCUGUACCAACACGUCAGGGCUGAACGUGGACGAGCUUGCGGCGGUGACCGAUCGACAGCCCCUGGUGGUUGGGAUGCAUUUUUUUGCUCCAGCUCAUGUCAUGAAGCUUCUCGAAGUUGUUUAUGGAUCCAGGUCGUCUCCUGAAGCUGUUGCUACGGCAAUGGCACUUGGAAAGAGAAUAGGAAAGGUGUGUGUCACUGUAGGCAACUGUUCUGGGUUUGUUGGUAAUCGCAUGCUGAAGCUUUAUCUGGAUCAGUCUGUCUACCUGCUGGAGGAAGGAGCCACACCUGAGCAAGUGGACCAAGCUCUCGAGGAGUUUGGAUUUGCCAUGGGAAUCUUCAAAGUGGGCGAUCUUUCUGGUUUGGAUGUUGGAUGGAGGGUUCGGAAGGCUUCUGGUUUGAUCGGUCCUGACGUCGACCCAGUAAAGCCUUCAAGAUGGCGGCUUGGACGGAGAUACUGCCCGCUUCCUGACAUGCUGUGCCAACAGGGACGCUUCGGACAGAAAACGGGCCGUGGAUGGUACCUCUACGACUCUCCUGGGUCAAAAGAAGCAAAGUCUGAUCCGGAGAUCCAAAACUUCCUGGAGGAUUACAGGCGUAAAUAUGGGAUCAUACCACGUCGCAUCACCUCACAGGAAGUGAUCGAGCGAUGUGCCUUCAUUUUGGCCAAUGAGGGAUUCCGUAUCCUGGAGGACGGGAUAGCAGCAGGUCCAGAACACAUAGACGUGAUCUACUUGUUCGGUUACGGAUGGCCAAGACAUCGCGGAGGUCCGAUGUUUUAUGCUUCUCAGGUCGGUUUGUCUGUAGUGCUGGAGAAACUGGAGCAUUAUCACCGCGUUCACCCGGACGUGCCGAGUCUGGAGCCGAGCCGCUUACUGAGGAGGCUGGUGGCUGAAGGAAGUCCACCGAUACAACAGUGGAAGAGUCAUAUCAAGAACCUGCGCAGUCACCUGUGAAGAGUCAUAUCAAGAACCUGCGCAGUCACCUGUAAACCAGAUGAUAAAUGCUCUUUUAUGAUGAUUAAUGCUGAUCUUUUUAGGGCUAUUUUGUUUCACUGUGUUCUGUUCUAUAUGGUUCUGUUCCCUCCUUCCUGAGGAGGAAAAGUUUAUGGUGGACAUUUAAAAUAGUAAAUUCAGUCAUUCGUAUAAAAAUGUUAAGUCAUUCAGUUUGGUUCUGUUUCUAUUUUGUUCGGUUUCUAGUUGGUUCUGGUGUGUCAGUGGUGUGAGGUAGCGUGUGCUGAUCUGCAGUCUCUGUUGAGUGUAAAGCAUUAGUAUGUGAGACGGUACUGCGCUAUAAUCAUCAGGUACUCCAUAGUCCACUACACUGGACAGUACAAGUGCGUAGUGUCUGAUUAGAGACAGAGGGAGGAUCGCUGACUGACAGACCUUUAUUUAUGUAUUUUUUUUUUUAUUUUAAACACCGAGCAUUAACCAUAAGCCCUAUUCAGAUGGGAUUAAAUGUACAUGAGGUCCUGGGGUAAUUUCCUAUUUUACUGGAGCUCCUCUGUGAUUUUAUUUCUGUCAGGAUCAGUUCUUUGUCCUUCCUCCUCUGAGAAAAUUACAAGCUGAAUAACCUGCUGUUUUUCACCAAUCUCGGUGCUGGUCUGAUCAUUUCAGUUCAGAUACACACGUGUGAUUUCCUUUGCAGAUGUCGCUUCAUGUUUGAAAAAAGAUAUUUGACUGAGUCACUGCUCUGGUCCUCAGUUCCUCCAGGAUUUUGUGAUUGCAUGAAUUAAUGCAAAAAUAAAGGAAACUCUGCAAUAUUCAGAGGAGCUUGCGAUUUUUCAAAAUUACCGCAGAUUUUCCACAGAUUUGGGCCAAGAUACGUCAUGUGACGUCAUCACAACGCACGUUCAGCUAAAUCCUAACCCUAGCCCUAACUCUAACCCUAGCCCUAACCCUAGCGCUGCUGUUUAUCAGUUAUUAAACACGUCCCAAGUCAUCAAACGAAAAAUAGAUGAUUCUUGAAUAUUUUGUGAUUUUAAUUGUGUGAAUUAGUGCUGGAACUUUGGUUCCACCACAAACUGAAAUAUGAGGCAGCGUCUGGUCUCUACUCCAGCUCCUCUUCGACCACUUGGAUGCUGUGAACCUCUGAUCAUAUGACAGCGUGACGCAAACAUACGAGUUCGUAGAAAAUAUGAAGGGAGAGUUUUACCCCUGAGGGUACCUGCAAAAAAUGUAUUACUGAGGUCUCCCUGAUAAACUAAUCCAAUCAGAAUAGGGGCUAGGACUAAGAUUCUGGACUGUGAUUGGUCAGACAGUGAGAAUAGAUUUCAGAAAACUUUGACUGAAUAGAAAUAAUGAUGCAGGAAAAACGAUGAAUGAUUAAGAUAAAUAAUACUUGUUGAUUUAUUACUAGAUUAUAUUCUGUUUAAAUGCUUUUGUUAAUUUUUUUAAAUAAAGAGAAAUUAUAUAUUUUUCAGUAAUUAAUAUGUUUAUCUUGCAUGCUGAAAAAUAAGAUGAAUAUAAGACGUGAAGAUGUGGUUCUGCUGUGUGUAAUGUGAACAUAUCUACUACAUGUUAAAUCAUUGCAUAAGUGUGAGAAAUCACACAGGUACAUGAUGAUUUACUGUAUCGAGAUUAAAUACAGAUAAAUAUUAAUGUUGUAUUUUAAAAUCAUUACUACAGUAAACUGUGAAUUUAUACUUAUAAAAAUUAAUUAUAAGAACAAUAAAAUUCUGAAAUUAAUAA